AUGGCGGUGGUGAAGAGGUGCUUGAGCUUGUCCGAUAUGGUCGACAGUGUGCAUCAGACAAAGCAGGUUGAGAACCACAUGGUUCUUCCUCCAGAGAAGGCUGAGGGAUGUGAAAGCUACCUGCAGUACCUGCACUCGGAGGACGGGGAGAGGGAGGCGCUCAGAGAUGCAACCAAACCUUUGGGGAAGAAACGCAUCAGCCUGGAUGACCUGGAGUGUGACAUUUCUGUGGAGGAUGACAACCGUCAGGAGUGGAUCUUCACUCUUUACGACUUCGACAACAGCGGGAAAGUUACUAAAGAGGACAUGUCGAGUUUGAUGCACACCAUCUAUGAUGUGGUGGACGCCUCAGUGAAUCACUCCUGCCACAACAAGAGCAAGACUCUGCGGGUCAAACUGACCGUCACUCCAGAGCCGAGGAGCCACCGAAGAGAAACAGGAGCAGAGCGCUCUCACCAGGAGGAGGGUCGAUCAGCUGACAAGCGACUGUCCUCAUACAUCAGCAGCAAAGGGCAGAGCAGUGAGCCAGCAGCCGCUGAGGGCCAACAUUACUGUGUGGACGAGAACACGGAGAGGAGGAAUCACUACCUGGACCUGGCUGGUAUCGAGAACUACACCUCCAGAUUUGAAGGAACCACCCCCGUCUUUCCCCCUCAGGAGCCUCACGGUCGGAGCUCGCAGAGCCAGAGCCGCUCCCGCUCCCACGAACCCGAAGCCCAAGUCGUUCACCAUCGCCGCUCGCAGGUCAUUGGCGACAGCUACAACGCCUCAGAGCCUCGAAGUAAGGGCACGCAGUUCCUCAAAUCCCCCAAAGGAGCCUACAAAGGGAACGGAGGCAACAGCGGGGGUGGCGGAGGCGGCAAAUCCACUAAAUGCCACGGCUACCACCCUCCUCUGCAAACCGUGCUGCACAGUGGCAGCGCUGCGGCCCACGGAGGGCAGGAUGUGUACCACUUGCCGCACCAAGCCCAGCCCUCGUCCAACCACCACCAGCACCCGCUGCAGUACAGUCACAGUAAACGCCUGAGGGCCAAAACCAGAGAGGCCCUGUCCCCGUCCAAAACCCCCCUGCAGCCUCAGUCCCANUUUCUUUCUUUUUUCUUUUUUCUACAGCAGCAACAGCAGCAGCAGCCCCCGGUGCCCUCGGUACUGCCCAGCCUGGAGAGGGAGCAGGUGUCCGGCCCUCCCGGCAGCCCCGGCUUCGUGGUUCCGAUGGUGCAGCGCCACGAGCACCACCACCACCACGAACACCACCACCACCACCACUACCACCACUACCACCAGACAUGACCGCCUUCAGCGUGCAGUGACUGAAGCUGUACAGGACCAACCACAACCAACCACACCAGUCUGAAGGACUUAUCCCACUGGGGGGAGUUUCUCACGCUCCGUCCAGGAUCCUCUCCUUUUUUAAAAAAAAAAUCUUCCUCCUGCGAGCUAAACAGAUAUAUCCUGAGAUUUAGAGGAAGGCAGAUAAUAUUGGACCAGAAGGAUGUUAUUGUUAAGAAAUGUGUGGCACAGUUUUUUUUGUUUUGUUUUUUUUUUGUAGAUUUUCUGCUGGGAUGGCUGCACUCGUUACACACAUUCAGAAGAACACAUCAGAUGACUUUUAACUUUUAACAACCUUGUUUUCCCUCUUUCUGAAGCUUAAAGUCCCUGGAAGCUAUAACGUUCUGUGUGAGACCUUUUUCCAAAACAUGGAUCUCAGGUGUAAAGGUGCUGCUGCUCUCGAGCUUCUCACAGAGGCCUCCUUCUCCCGGAGGUGCGCUGUGGAGUGAGGGGUUUCCUAUUAAUGGGGAGGGGGGGGAAGUAUGAAAUCACCACUGCCAGUUUUAAUGCAAAAAUAUCUUGCUAUAUGUAUAAAAACAAAUCUAUAUAUGUAAACACAUUUUACUGUAUAAUUAUUAUACUCUAUAUGCAUAUUUCAUCAUGGAUAUAAUUAUGCAUAUAUGUAUUUUGUCUUUUAUAUAUUUUAAUAAACGUUAUAUAGUUCAUUUAUAUGAUCGCA